AGUACCCAAAACUCCCUUUUCUUUUGCCUUGGAUCUUCGCCGUUGAACUUGCAACUGCCAAGUGGCACCCAUUUCAUAAAUUAGAAGCUCGUUCCGAGGUUUCAACUGCAGCAGGUACAAUUUCCCCUGAAAUCGGGUUGUCCAAUGGCCUAUUGGAGUUCCUUAUCUCUGCAGGUUGUCUGUCGCCUGUACCUGGGAUCGACUCCGAGCACAGCAGCCGUUGCACUGUGGCCUCUUUUGCUGCAUGCGGAUGCUCCUCCGACCUCUCCCCCGUUGGCGAGUGUAGCAGAGAUUCGACCUCCGACACGCCGCCCCCAAGCACUGGGCGAAUUGGCUUGUCAACCACGUUCUGCACUCCAGAGCCUCGCGUGGAAGGCGUUUGCAAAGCGUGCCAGCCUAGCCGUGCUGCAGCCUGUCGACAACCCAGGCUGUGACGCUAAUCUAGAUAUCAUCUCCCAGCCUCGUGCUCGAGGCAGCUGAAACUAUCCGAAAAGGGACUAGCAAGCCCUAAACCUGCUUUUGAAGCGUUUCUGGGCUUGAUCGAACGAUUGCUGCAU